AAAAAUAUGGUUAGCUACUUUGGCGAAGUUGUACAUCCUAGCUCGAGGGCUUUUUGGAAUGACGAUGACGACGAUGAAGCUUUUCAUUGUCACGAAGACAAUUUAGGCUUCAGUAUAAAUUGGACUAAUGAGGAGCCAGUCACUAUCAAAAAAUUUAUCCUAAUAGAGGGUCAAAUAGUAGCAGAAUUUACUCUAUCGUGUGUGCUAAAAGAUGCUGAUAUUGUGGGUAACAUAGAAAAUAAAUCUGAAAAACCUGUAGCAAAAAUAUAUAAGAUUGAUGAUGUUUAUAUUUGCGUCAUUGAUAGUAAUUCAGAUUUAACUGAAGCAGGAGAAUUAACUAAAACGCUUUCACAUUUGUUAUCAAAAAUAGAGAAAUUAUAUGCAAUCACAGCGGAUCACUUAUCCAACUUAAAAUCUACAGAAGAAAUUGAUUCAGAAUCCACUUUGAAAUUAUUGUGUUCAUCAAAAGCAGCUAAAGAAAAUAAUUUUAAAGAUUGCAUUUUGAAUCAACCUAACAUUGUUACUGGUUUGAGUGCUGGAGUGUUGACUUAUGCGGAUAUACAAGAUAUUUUUUGCAUUAUAUACAUACUUUACACUGAUACAUUUGAUUUGGAUUCAAAAAAUGCAUCACCAUUAACUAAAUUAUUUUCUACACUUAUGGAAAAACCUAUUCCACAGUUCAAAACUUCAGGACCUUGUUUUUUCAAUAAAGGAAACUUAUAUAUGUAAACAAUGUACUGGUUUUUUAAUAUUAAAAUAUAAAUUGUAACAUAGAUCUAAGUUUUUUUGAAGUCAGCACAGAUUUUCAAGGGGACAUUAUUUUAUCUAAAUAAAAUUAACCUUAAAUUUUACUGAUCUUUAUGCAACACUAAUAUCAGUAAUUCUAAGGAAUCCAACUGAA